CUUUGAAAAUUCUAAUGUUGUUGGUCCUUUUCCUUUCCCUCAGUGUUCUUCUAAAGCUGCAAUUAAAAUACUCAAUACAACCUAAUCAUCACCGCAAUAUAUUUCACAACAAUAACAACAACAACAAAAUUACAAGUACUAUUCAUUGAAUUUCAUAUUGAAGAAUGAAAUCCAUUAACAUAUAAACAUUAUUUGAAACCAGAAUAAAUGGCGACAUCAAAAACCAUCUCAGCAGCUCUAAAACUCGUUGACAACAAAAAAGACAAUCUCAAAAAAGCAUACGAUGAUCUUCAAUCUCACUCUUCUCUCUUCUCUUCCUUCCCUCUUUCAUGGUCCCACAUCGAUUCUCACUUCACUUCAAUCCACAAUUCUCUCUCUCAACGUUUCCUCCAUCUUCAAUCCCUCGAAUCGCAAUUCCAACUAAAUCACAACGACCCAUCAACUUCCCCUUCCAAAAAACCCAAACCUGAACCCAAAGUUUCAAACUUAUCAUCAUUCCCUAACGACCCAUCUUCGUUUUCUAACCCUACAACGCAAAACGGUACCGUUUCAGUCUCUGUAACUCAUUUAGAACCUUUGAGUAAAUUCUGCAAGGAAAGUGAUGGAAAAGGGUUGAGGGAUUACAUUGGUGAGAAUUUUAAGGAUAAGGUGAUAAUCAAAGAUGAAAUUCAGAAAGCUUUCAAAUGUGCCUCUGAUCCUGCUGCAAUGAUUCUUGAUUCAAUGGAUGGUGUUUUUGAUGCAAAUGAAAUGAAAGAUGGAAAAGAACCUCGUUUGAUUAAAAAAUGUUGUGAAUUUUUGUUUCAACAGUUGAGGGUUUUUUCUCCUUAUGUUAGUUUUGAUGUUAAGAAGAAAGCUAAGAGAUUGUUUUCUGAGUGGAAAGUUAACUUGGUGAAUGAGAUUACUGAACCUGGUUGGACUAUGGCCUUCUUGCAUUUUGUUGCUGCUUAUGAUUUGCUCUCUGAAUUGAAUGUCAGUGAGCUUGCCGCUUAUUCGGCUACUGCUGCUGCUCGCGAUGAACUUCCUGAGCUUUACCAGAUUAUUGCUUUGUCAGAUAGAGUUCCAGGUGUUAUUCAGAAACUUAUUGAGAGGGGUAAACAUGUGUUGGCUGUCAAGUACAUUUUUCAUUUCAAUCUUGUUGAUAAGAUGCCACCAGUUCCCAUUUUGAAAGCUUGUGUGAAUGAUGCACAAAAACUUGCUAUAAGACUCGCCACCGAGGGAAAGUCAGUGAAUGAGAUCAAAUCUAGAGAGAUCCAUGCACUGAAAGCAGUGAUUAAGGUUAUUGAGAAUUAUAAACUUGACUCUGAGUUUCCACGUGCGAGCAUUGAACAGCGUAUAGAAGAACUGAGCAAGCGCAAGGGAGGCGGAAAAAACGCUGCACCAGCUUUUGCUGCAAAGCAUCCUCCUCAGAUUCAACAACAACUAAGCGGUAUGAAGCGGCCUCAAAUGUCGGCUUCAUUUGGUCCUGCACCUGUCCUUAAUAAUGUCGGUAAUGUUGGUUCAACCUUACACCAUUACCAACAACCUCAUUUCCACUCAACAAGUUUGUUGCCUCCACAACAUCCAAAUCCAUACAUGAGCAUGCCCACCACGCCUUUUGGCAUGAAAGCACCAACCCCAACCGUCUCCUCUUAUACAGGUCCGUCAACUGGUCCUUAUGGCAUGAACGUACCAACCCCAACCGUCUCUUCCUAUACAGGUUCUUCAACUGGUCCUUAUGGUAAUGAUGGUGUCCCAAUGGCUCCUAAUGGCAGCCUCAACCAAGGCGUUUCUCAUCCGAAUUCGGCAGAGCCACAAGUGAUGUCUGGUUAUUAUGUCCCAACAGGUCCUAGUGGCAACCUCAAUCAAAGUGGUUCUCAACCGAGUUCGUCAGAGCCUCAAGUGCCAUCUGGUUAUUAUGAUAGAGCUUCUGCAGCUUCUGGUGGUUAUGGUCUGCAACAUUAUUAUGGAACAUCUUAUCCUCAAUAGGUUAAGUAAUUGCUCUCUAUUUUUUGUACUGAAUUCCUCAGUUGGUAUUAUAGUUUCUCGCAGUUUGGUGUUCGUUAUGGAAGCUGAGCUUGCUUUGAUCAGUUGGUGUUAUUAAUCAAGAUUACAUUAGUCAUGAUUUUCUUUGUUCUCACUUUUCCUCCAUUAUUUUUGCUAGGGAAUGAAAGCUUAGACAGGUUUUGGAAAAUAAUACCAACUAGAAUAGAAACUUUCUUCAUUUGUAUUAUAGGUGUAGUUUUGCUCUAGAAUUAUUAAACAACUAUACUGUUUCUCAUAACCUCAUCUCUGAAUUAUCUGUUUUCUGUGUUUUGGCCUAUUUAUGAUUGCUUGCUCUGUAUGUAAUACAAACUAAUUUGGUGAUUGUUUUUGGUUC